UACGCCUGAUUUGGCACUGUAGCGCGAGCGAUGGCAAAGUGAGGUUAUGUACCGAUGUGCCCCGGACGUGGAAGAGUCGGCGCAUGCAAGAGAAGGAGGAGACUCUGGUUCGCGAACAGGUGAUAAAUAGAGCGGGCGAGCGCGGGCACGCGUACACCGAGUAGGAGUGGAGUCGGAGCUGGAGAUCGAGCGCCGCGGUCGGGAUGACGAUGAGCUUGCUCACCGUGCUCGGGGCCCUGGCGCUCCCGGUGCUGAUAGUCCCGCUGGUACUGGUAGGACCCGGAGCCCGGGCACAGUCCGAGAGCAGUCAGCCCUGGUACGAGACCUUGCCGGCCGUAGCAAUGGAUUACAAGGUGCACAUAGACGCCGGCAAAGAGGACUGCUACUUCCAGUACGCCAACCCAGGCGCGACGUUUUACGUCAACUUCCAGGUGCUCCGAGGUGGAGAUGGAAAGGCCGGUUUUGCAGUUAGAAAUCCGCAUGGAGAUAUUGUAUUUCCUUAUCAAUGGCGUGCCAAUGCAGAUUAUCAGGAUCAGUCAACACAAGGGGGCUACUAUUGUGUCUGUGUGGAUAAUCAAUUUUCGAAGUUUGCUAGCAAACUCGUCAAUAUUUACAUUACUGUUAUUAGGUACGAUCAAUGGGAGAAAUACGCUCAAGAAUUGGAAGAUUUAAAUCUUUCCGUUAUAAACGUUACGAACACUAUGGUGAGCGUUGAAAAGAAUAUUUACGAAGUCCUGCAAAUCCAACAUUUUAGUAGGAGUCGAGAGGAUAGGGAUUACAAUUUACUUCUUGACAAUAAGUCUUACGUUCAGAAUUGGUCGAUUUUACAAAUAAUUGUCAUCGUAGCAACAACAGUCUUGCAAGUUUACUUUGUACGUAGAUUAUUCGAAGUCCGAGGCGGAUAUUCCAGAUCGAGGAUAUAAAGGACUUGCCCUACGCAUAUGACUGAUCUUUCAUCGAUACAUGUGAUACGUAAGAAGUGAAUUGCACCCGAAGAUUACGGAGGAUUA